AUGAUGCAGCAGAUGAUGCAGCAAAACCAGAUGAUGGCUCAAAUGAUGCAAGGCAUGCAAGGACAACAACCUCCUACUCAAGCUCCCGUUCCUCAAGCUGCAGCUGGACCAGAUUUUCGUGCCUUCUUCAGGAUGGAUCCUCCAGAGUUUGUUGGUGGACUUGACUCACUCUUGGCUCAUGAUUGGUUAGCUGGUAUGGAGAGGGUGUUUCAAGCUAUUCAGUGUACUGAAGAGGAGAAGGUGAUCUUUACUCAGAAGAUGAAGGGACCAGCUCUUAGGUGGUGGAACACUGCAUCUACUUAUUUCACCACACAAGAGAUUCCUAAGGAUUGGCAACACUUCAAAGUGGCAUUCUUGAAGAAGUAUUUCCCUAAUAGUGUGAGGACUCAGAAGGAGCGAGAAUUCCAAAACUUCAAGCAAGGUGACAUGUCUGUUUCAGAGUAUGCAGAGAAGUUUGAGGACUUGGCAGACUACUCCAGACAAACUGUUUAUGCUCCAGAUGAACUAUGGAAGAUUGAUCCGUUUAUGAUGGGUUUGAAGGCCGACAUUGCUCAUAGUGAAUUCUAUUAA